UCAAGUGUUAGAAUGGAUCUAGGGUUUAAAAAAUGGUUCAAAUGGUCACAAGUAGUGUUGGCGAUGCUAAUGGUGCAAGUAUUCUCAACAGGAAUGCAAGUGUUGUCUAGAGUUGUUCUUGUAAAGGGUACUUUCGUUUUCGCUCUUAUUACUUAUCGAAAUGUUGUUGCUGCUCUUUGUGUCGCUCCUCUUGCCUAUUACUUCGAAAUAAGAGAUCAUGAAAUGAAGUUUGAUUGGCAAGUUUGGUUUUGGCUCUUUGUCAAUGCCCUAAACGUGGUGGGUACCACGGGACUGUUCUACUAUGGUCUAAAAGACACAACAGCUACAUAUGCUACCAACUUUCUCAACCUUAUUCCCAUAGUCACUUUUGUAGUCUCAGUCAUCACAAGAAUGGAGAGACUGAGAUUGGGAACCAAACCAGGCAAAGUAAAGACAAUUGGUGCUUUGUUGUGUGUGAGUGGAGCCAUAGUCACUGGCCUUUACAAGGGAAAGGAAUUUUUUAUUGGUCAUCAUCAUGAUGAGUCAUUAUCUGGUCACAACAACAGUAGUAGUGCCAUGGCAUCUCAUUCUCAUUGGGCACGUGGCACAAUCUUGUUGGUUGUGAGCAGCCUUGCUUAUUCAUCAUGGUUCAUAGUCCAAGUAAAACUUCAGAAACUUUUACCAUAUGUGUACUUGUCAACCAUGUUGACAUGCAUUUUGUCUUCAUUUCAAUCAGUGCUCUUAGGCCUAUGUUUAAACACAGACUCCAUAGCUUGGAGUUUAGGCUGGAAUUUACAGUUAGUUACUGUAAUCUACUCGGGAAUACUAGCAACGGCAGUGAACUUGUGCUUACUUUCAUGGGCAAUAUCAGUGCAAGGCCCCACAUAUCCACCCAUGUUCAAUCCACUAGCUCUAAUUUUUGUGGCAUUUUUAGAAGCUCUCACACUUGGUGAACCCAUCACAGUUGGAACCUUGAUGGGUGUAGUGCUUAUCAUUUUUGGGCUGUACUCUUUUUUGUGGGGAAAAAGAAAAGAGAUUAAGAGCUUGUCUCAGCAGAAGGUGGGAUUUCAUGAAGUAGAACCAGUCAAUUCUAAUACUCAGCUUGGUGAAAAAUCACAGACAUGUACAGUUGAUUUUGGACAUUAG